AGUUAAAGGCCCUCGAAGACUUCGAGUACAACAUAAAAUUUUCCGGAGUUCUAGGAAGCAAGACGUGCACCGCAUUUAUCCGGAUUCCUAGAAGGGCUGGUUGCGAGACUACCGAGAAGGGAGGCCAACUAAUGUCCGUGCCUUGUCCCUCUCACAAUUCGGGACCCGAAUGAGCGCCCUGUUCAAAACUGAACCAUCCCUUCAUGAAUUUUCACAUAAAAGGACAGCUGGUUAUUGAAGCCAGCUUCCUGCGCUGCGUUCGAAACAUCCGGACACAUUCCAGCAGACAUGUUCUCUGCUGUAUCCUUGCUUACUACCGUCCUCUUCGCGUUGUCCACCGCGUCCAGCCCGGUUGAGAUUCGCUCUCCGUUGAUCACGCUACCGUUCGCAAGGAGCCUCAACACACGGGACGGUACCCUCAACCUCCUGCAGCACGACCAGGCUCGCGCAACCGCUCUUCGUGGUCGCGGCAUUGCCACUGCCGCGGGAGAACUUGACCGUCGCCAGGGCAGCAUACUCGUCACUAACGAGGUGGCCCACUACAUUGCAGCGGUUGGCAUUGGUAGUCCCGCUACUACUUACAACCUGAUCGUUGACACUGGAUCUUCAAACACCUGGGUUGGAGCCGGAAUUCCUUACGAAGUGACGAGUACUAGCGUGGACACUGGCGAACCUGUGUCCGCCACCUACGGCAACUACUCUUUCUCCGGAAAGGAAUAUACUGACACUGUUACCCUCGGGUGUCUCACCAUCACCCAGCAGUCGAUAGGUGUUGCCUCGCAAUCAGCCGGUUUCUCGGGCGUAGAUGGCAUCCUUGGAAUAGGUCCGGAAGAUUUGACCGUGGGCACUUUGACUAAUGAGCCAUCCACCGGAAUUCCUACCGUUACCCAGAACCUGUACACGCAGGGAACGAUCCCCGCCGAAAUUGUUGGCAUUUCCUUCGAGCCUACUACCACCACAUCAUUCACGAACGGAGAAUUGACGUUCGGUGGUGUUGAUUCCAGCAAAUACACCGGUACCUUGAAUUACACCCCCCUCACCACCACUAGCCCUGCUUCGCGAUACUGGGGUAUAAACGAGAGUAUUGCCUAUGGUGGGACGACCAUCUUGUCGACGACCGCUGGUAUUGUUGACACUGGUACCACUUUGAUCCUCAUUGCUUCGGACGCCUUCGACCAGUACCGGUCUUUGACUGGUGCCGUGAGCGAUUCCGCCACUGGCAUGUUGCGAAUCACCACUUUGCAAUACAUUGCGCUCCAGAAUCUCAACUUCAACAUUAACGGUGUCACCUAUACUUUGACUCCUAAUGGUCAGAUCUGGCCUCGUGCCCUCAACACGUACAUCGGUGGCAGCUCCUCUUGCGUGUACCUCGUCGUCAAUGACAUUGGAGUUGGAUCGAACUCUGGCUCUGGUCUGUACUUCGUUAAUGGCCAGGCUUUCCUCGAGCGGUUCUACAGUGUCUUCGACACUACCAACGCUCGUGUUGGGUUCGCUACGACGCCAUAUACUGAUGCUAUUACAAACUAAACAUUUAAUGGCUUGCAGGGAGGUAAGGUCUGUGUUACAGGACGAUAUAAUUUUCUG